CUCGAACACGUCUUUCAACGUGCUGCUGUCAGAGCCGCUUUCAUGCCUCCUGCGGUACCUUGGGCUUUAGGGGGUUCUGGCAAUUUGACAAUCUUGCCACAAUGUUGGAGUCUGGGUAAUAAUCCAUCAGCACAAAACAAUGCGAUUAAUUUAAAUCUUGUUCCAUAUUUAUUGGAUAAAUUUUCUAAAGAAAAUAAUCUUAAAGUUUCUUCACGUCUUCUAUAUGCAUUAUCAAGUUUAGUGCGUGGUAAUGAGUAUGCAAUACAAUUCAUCAAAAAUAACCAAGGGUUAGAAACAUUGACAAAUGUCUACACAAAAUUUGAUGACAAUGAAUUUAAAGCAAAAUUUGCUGUAUUUAUAUCAGAUUUUAUAGAUCCCAAUAUGGUUAAAUCAACUUCUACUACUUCUUUACCAUCUUUUAAUGUAGCUCACGUUGAUCAAAAUCAAGAUCAAGAUUCAUUAACAUUAUUUUCAACAUUGAUGGAAACUCUGUGUAAAAAAUUUCAAGAUACUUUAUUUGAUGAUCAAGGAAAUGCUAAAAAUGUUGAUUUCAAUUCACGUGAGAAGAUACUUGGAGGAAUCUCAAUGAUAAAAAGUUAUUAUUCAAAUAUGUGUCCUGCACAAAAUGGAUUUGAGAUUUGGUUAUCAAAACAACAAAUUAUUUCAAAUAUUAAAGAUGAUGAAGGUUCUUAUGAUUUAGAAGAUUAUUCUCGUCUAAUAAAACAAAUUAAAAUUCAAUAUGAUUUAAAAUAA